CAUCAAUCGUAAAUUUUGCAGUAGCACGACAAUGGCUUCAGACGACCUCGUGUGGAAUAUCAUCGGCACAGACUUCUGCUCAUUCAAACUAAAGACGACAAAAGACCAGACCUUCUGCAGAAAUGAAAACAACGUCACGGGCUUUUGUUCGCGACAAGCCUGUCCUCUCGCCAACAGCCGUUAUGCCACGAUCCGCUCCGACCCUGCCACCGGCGCCCUCUACCUCUAUAUCAAAGCCAUUGAGCGAUCGCACCUGCCCUCAAAAUGGUGGGAGAAGAUCAAGCUGUCCAGCAACUACACGAAAGCCCUCGAGCAGGUUGACGGCCAUCUGAUGUACUAUCCAAAAUUCCUGGUGCAUAAAAAUAAGCAGCGCUUGACGCGCUUGACGCAAGUGAAUAUUCGGAUACGGAGGUUGGCGAAGGAAGAGGAGAGGCUCGGCGAGCGCCUUGUACCGAGGCUCGCGCCGAAAGUUCGGAGAAGGGAGGAUGGCAGAGAGCGGAAGGCGCUAGCUGCGGCCAAGGUUGAGCGAGCUAUUGAGAGAGUCUUGGUCGACCGCCUCAGGAGUGGCGCAUAUGGAGACCGGCCAUUGAAUGUGGAGGCAAACGUGUGGAAGCGCGUCAUGAAGGGCUUGGAGAAGGAAGGACAGGCUACUAGGGACAAGGAUCUAGAUGAAGGCAUAGAGGAAGAGGAUGAAGAAGUUGAGUAUGAGCGGGAGAUGGAGAAUGAGACCGCGGAUGUGGAGUACGUGAGCGAUAUUGAUGGCGAGUCGGAUGGCGAGUCGGAUGACGAGUUGGAGGACUUUGAAGACUGGGUUGGGGGUGAGAGUCCAGAAGAGGAGGAAGGUGAAGACGACAAGGAUGAAGAAAGUGAGGGUGAGAGUAGUAGCGAGGAAGAAGAAGAAGAAGAUGGUGAUGAUGAUGUCGAGGCACUCAAGAAGAGGCUCGCUAGCCUCAAACGGAAACGCCCAGCUGGACCGCCGCCGAAGCCGAAGAAGAAACCUUCAAAAGAUUCAAAGGGUCCGCGACGCGAGAUUGAGUACGAGAUUGAAAGGGAGCCACCUGCUCGGGAAGUUUUACGAGCACGAUGAAUGGAUAGCGGACGGAAUAUAUCCUAACUUGGACAUUGGGCGUAACACUCAUCAGAGGACCAGAAGCUGACAACGCGGAUUUCUGGGGCUUACAUAAAAG